GAAUGCGGAAGCGCGCCCGGGUUCAACUGCACGUGGCUGGCAUGACGUCUUCACUGGUUUGCGAAAGCACAUCGUGCCGGGUGAGCUCCGUUCUGAAUCGAGACGGGAAACAGUUCGGCAAGAAGCAUCUGUUCGACGGCAACGAAGAAACGUGCUGGAACUCGGACCAGGGUGCCCCCCAGUGGGUGAGCGUGGACUUCCCGCAGCCUGUGCGAGUGAGCGAGCUCCACGUUCAGUUCCAGGGUGGUUUCUCUGGAAAACAAUGCCUGCUUCAAGGUUUUGUUAAAGACGACCCGUCAAAGACCCUGAUGGAGUUUUACCCGGAAGACGUGAAUUCUACGCAAGUGUUCCAAGUGCCCCCAAGUGAACCCAUCCACAAGCUCAAGCUGAUUCUCUGCAGCUCCACGGAUCUGUUCGGCCGCAUCGUUAUUUACAGGUUGGACGUUCGGGGAGAGAAGGCGUGAAUCACUGCCAGAAACAUCUUGGUUUUUUUUUUGGUCGGCAUCAAGAUCAAGAUAUCACGGCCGAAGCCGACGGUGCCACGGCCGACGCUUCCUUCCGCUCCGCCAGAUGCCGCAGCUGUUGCGCAGUAGAUGCGCGACUUCCAUGGUAUCUCGCCGUCUGCUGUCUGAUCUUCCCGAGGAUGGCCGGGCUCGUAGGGAGCACGCCAAUGCCUCUCUCUGUAACGGCCCCUACACCCAUCCUGCACACACGUCCCAUCGCGCGCAGCCGUUAUUCUGCCUAAUCGUAUAUACAACACUUAAAACUUUCCCGUUCUGGUAACAUGUGUACGUGUACGUCACUGGAACGUAACCGGAAGAAAAAUUAACUUUAUCGGUACUGAAGCUCCCACAAGGCCAUGCGGGAGGGCAUGUGGCACAGUUUGUCGCCGGCUAUCGUCGAGUGCAGUCGUGUUGCUACGGUUCUCCGCGGUGAGUGACAAUGUCUUUAAAAACAACGGCGGCGCUUGCGCGUUCCGAGAUUCAGCGGUGAACGGGACGAGCCACCCUGUGACUUUCAGUCGUCUCGCAACGGGAGAGGGUUAACUGCCACCUGCCAUGCUCGCUUGUGAGACGUCCCGGGAAAAUACUGCUCAAAAUGCUGCUCGAUUGUGAGCACGCUCACUGCUGAGCGACGAGCAAACAGUCGAUGGGUUCAAUUCCUGCCACAGCCGUCUCCGUGAAUUUUCAAAUGCUCUGUUGGUGUUUUUUUUUCUGCCGGUCAUAUUGAAAUUGUGCUAUUGGCAUCGUGUGACUUGUGGAAGAUACAGGGUGCUUCAAGUUUGUUUUAACACUUGUAUGGGACUAUCGUUUUUAAUGGAAAAAAACGGAUAACACACUCACAUUUUUUUAUUUAAAGCUUUCCUGACUGCAGAGAUUCAUAUUCUUGGUUCUUUCGGUAAAGUCACGUAGA